GCGGCGGCCCGGAUGCAGGUGGCGCGGCGCGUGGUGUGCGCGCUGUCGGGCGGCGUGGACAGCGCCGUGGCCGCGCUGCUCCUCAAGCGCAGAGGGUACCAGGUGACGGGGGUGUUUAUGAAGAACUGGGACUCGCUGGACGAACAUGGCAUCUGCACGGCCGACAGAGACUGCGAGGACGCCUACAGGGUCUGCCAGAUCCUCGACAUCCCCUUCCACCAGGUGUCCUACGUGAAGGAGUACUGGAACGACGUGUUCAGCGACUUUCUGAAUGAGUAUGAAAAGGGAAGGACGCCCAACCCUGACAUAAUGUGCAACAAGCACAUCAAGUUCAGCUGCUUCUAUCAUUACGCCAUGGAUAAUCUCGGAGCCGAUGCCGUUGCCACGGGCCACUACGCCAGAACGUCCCUGGAGGACGAGGAGGUCUUUGAGCAGAAGCACAUUAGGAGACCGCAAGGGCUUUUCAGGAAUCGAUUUGAAGUGAGAAACGCUGUAAAACUCCUCCAGGCCGCUGACAGCUUUAAAGACCAGACCUUCUUUCUCAGCCAGGUCGCCCAGGACGCCCUGAGAAGAACCCUCUUCCCUCUCGGGGGGCUAACCAAGAGUUUUGUCAAGAAGAUAGCGGCUGAGAACAGAUUGCACCACGUGCUUCAGAAGAAGGAGAGCAUGGGCAUCUGCUUCGUGGGCAAGAGGAACUUCGAGCACUUCAUCCUUCAGUAUUUGCAGCCGCGCCCCGGGAAAUUCGUCUCUAUCGAAGACAACCAAGUUCUGGGAGCGCACAAAGGCUGGUUCCUGUACACGCUGGGCCAGAGAGCGAAGAUUGCGGGCAUGCGAGAGCCCUGGUUUGUGGUGGACAAGGACAGCGACAAGGGGGACGUGUUUGUGGCCCCCAGGACGGACCACCCCGCCCUGUUCCGGGACCUGCUUCGCACGGGCCGCGUGCACUGGAUCGCCGAGGAGCCGCCGGCCGCCCUGGUCCGGGACAAGAUGAUGGAGUGCCACUUCCGGUUCCGCCACCAGAUGGCGCUAGUGCCCUGCGUGCUGACCCUCAAUCAGGACGGCACCGUGUGGGUGACGGCGGUGACGGCGGUGCGGGCCCUGGCCCCCGGGCAGUUCGCGGUGUUCUACAAGGGGGACGAGUGUCUGGGGAGCGGGAAGAUCCUGCGGCUGGGGCCGUCCGUCUACACGCUGCACAGGGGCCGGAGCAGAGCCCCGGCGGGGCCCAGCCCGCGCCCCUCGCCCUGACGGCCCGCUGCCGGGC